AUGCCGCCCUUGUCCACGCAUCAGAUUCUCCUCACGGGCACACCGACCAAAGUGGGCACGACGCGCGCCAGGGGAUGCAGUAUCGCGCUAUCGGGCUGCGCGCCUCGUAGCUUCAGAGUACUCAACAAGGACGCAAAGGAUAAGGUGCAGAUUGCUCAGAGUAACGAAUUGGACGAUAGGCGCUUGAAGAUCAAGGCUACGGGAUUAGAUGCUAGACCCCUCGUUCUUGCUCAGGCUAGAAUGGCUGCUGCUUUACAACGCAAUGAAAGUUCGACUAGUGCUGAUGUGACCAACAAGAAAAUCGUCUCAACCCCCAGCAGCAAGUUUGUCUCUUGUCAAGUGGUCGACCCCCAACCUCUGCUCGUCCUUCAAAGCGCAUCUACGCCCCACGGCUCCCUCGUCCUCCUAGAUGGCGAAAUGACCACGAUCAGAUUGCAAGUGUUGAAUGCGGGAACUUUGCCGGUGGAUUGGAUUCGUCUGUCUUUUAUGGACAACCUGAGCGAAAAGAUGAAGAAGGAGCUCAACGAAGGAGAACUGAACCCUUCGCAGGCCUUUUUGGCCGAGGAUAAGUUGCUGCACUCACCCGUGCUCAGCUAUUCGCUCUCACCUAGGCACGCAAAGCACCAGAUCUCACCCGGCGAGACGCGCGAGUUGCAGGUGAAUGUGAGAGCGCGCGUCGGCUGUACGCAUUUGAGCAUCUUUGCGGAUUACGCCUACGUCGACGGACCUGGAAGAGGUGGAUUGCAAACGGACGAAGCGCGCGAUUGGUAUCAUCGAAGACUGAGCGUACCGCUAGCCAUCACUGUCCUACCCGUUGUUGAGCUGGGCAAGCUGGAGAUAAAGACGCUCAGACCUUACGAAGCGGUCAGGACCUUGGCGGAUGGACUCAAGGCGCUGGAAAGGACGGGAGGCGGUUUGCCUGACGGCUUGGCUGAUGCCAAGCUGUUUGAGAGAUUGCUCCAAGGUAGACCGGACAAGGAAUGUCUCGUCUCUUUUCCUAUGGUCAAUGCGCACCGCAAUAAUGUGGAAGUUGUCGUUUCCCUCAAAGAUGGUGAGUCUCGACAGGAACCCCUCAGAUAGGCAGGUGAGCGAUCGAGGAUUAUGGAGUGCUGAACUUGUUCAUGUGCUGCGUUUCGCGCGCUGCAGAAGCCUAUCACUCCAAGCUUCGAGUCCGACGAUCUCUUCCUCAAAAUGCGCGAGCUCAGAUCGUCUUUCCCUUUCCAAGGCUGGACAUUUCGACAGAAGAGCUGGACAGGCCCAUCCCUUCUCUAUCCCCGCGCCAAUUCGUCGUGCCCAAGUCCAAGUCAUCGCCGGCCGAGCAGGCCGUCGCGCGAGCUAGAUUUUGGCUUGCGCAAGAGGUUGUGGCAAAGCUUUCUGGUUGGAGGGAACGCGCGCCUGGCGUCCGAUCUGAUGGCAUCGGAGGAGCGAAUGAACACGCGUCGCUUGAAGGAACGUCCACGAAUGCUAGAAGUUCGAGUGCGAGAUGGAUCGACAGGAGUACUGGAAGAAAAGGCUACAUCGAUCUCUCAUCGUUGAUGGUCGCUGAUGAUCACCUUCAAUGUCUGCGCCGGGACCCUCUCUCGCUCUCAUUGCAUAUCUCGACAUUCGCAGGAGGAGACGCUGUGCAGGAAAAUGGACUGGUCGGUUCUGAGGAGGCGAAUGGACGAUUGACACCCGAGAAUGAUGCAAAUGAAGGCCUUCAACGUACUAAUGGUACGCUCGACAACGGUGCGCGAUCCGCAUCAAAGGUGCGCACAGAGUUGAGCGAGCGGACGCUGCGCACUACAGCAGAGACGUACAUCGACAUUGUCGGCACAAUACGUAACGAGAGCGCGCGCAAAUUGCGCUUGACAUAUCGUUUGAUUCCUAUUGCAGCAUCAUCAUCCUCCUCAUCAUCUUUGAGCAGCUCUUCCGAUUCCGCUUCCGCUUUCGCCGCGCAACAACAACAACAGCAACAACAGUCCAACGAUCCGCUCCUGGCCAACAUCCUCGUGACUUCUGGAAACUUGACCGGUAACAUCUCCCCCUGGCCCGUACUGCCCGAUCAAAAAGGCCACUUCAGUGCCGGCCUCACCUUUCUCGCAAAGGGUCAAUACAACUUUAUCGCCGUGAUUGAGGAAUGUGCCGCAUUCCAAAGCACAGUCUUCUCAUCCCCCUCGCGCCAAGAUUCCUUCUACGGUGCCGGCGUCGAAGCGAAGGAUUCGCAGUUGGCCCAGGCUGCUGCUGCUGCUGCUGAAGCGAGAGAAGCGCUAGAGAUCAGAGCUCGCGUUCAGGUACCUUUCAAGGUCAUCGUUGACGAGAGACCCGAAGCUUGA